GCGGAGCUCAGUUGCAAUGAGAGUGUGUUGGGGUGUACCGCUGCUGCUGCUGGCAGCGACGCCUGCCAGGGCAGCAAACAUAUUGGCGUUGUUUAGCACAUUUAGUCCCUCGCAUUUGAUCGUGCACAUGGCCAUGAUGCAGACGCUGGCGGAUGCAGGACACAACAUAACCGUAGUGACGGCGCUGAAGCCCAAGCUGGCAGCACAUGAGAAUAUAACGGUGGUGCUGGCGUCGCCGACAGAGCAGGGCCUGCUUGCCAUUAAUCAGCAAAUGGAGCAGUCGACAAAGCAGAAACUAUCAAUGCUAUCGGCCAUGCUUAAGCUGCUGACAAACACGCAGCAAAUGAUGGGAGGGCAGUUGGACUGUUAUGUGCAUCCAAAUCUACGCGACGUCUACGAGCAGCCGCAGAUUAAGUUUGACUUAUUGUGGCUAGGCUACUUUCUCAAUGAGUUUAGCAUGGGCAUAGCAGCCAAGCUGGAUGUGCCUGUCAUCAUGAGCUGGGUGGGCGUGCCCUUCCCCUUUGUGGAUGAGCACGUGGGCAAUGUUUGCGAUCCCACCUACGUGCCAGGCGUCGGUCAAACGCCACUGCAGGCGCAGGACAUGACCUUUAGCUGGCGCCUGCGCAACUACUUCAACUGGCUGGUGUUCGAGGGCAUCAGCUAUGGAAUGGAGCAUCAUAUGCAAAAGUAUUACAGUCGCGCUUUUUCGCAUCUGCCGGAAAGCUAUAAGGAGGUCAAGCGUCGCACGUCCUUGCUGUUCUACAACUACCACUCGCAUAGCGAGGGACCUGUGCGUCCCACUGUGCCGCAGUCCAUUGAAAUUGGAGGCGUACAAAUCAAGGAUCAGCCUGGCCCGCUGCCCGCUGAGCUACGCGAUUUUCUGGACAAUGGCAGCGAAGGCGUCAUUUUCUUUAGCCUCGGCACCAAUAUCAAAGCCUCCUUUCUGGGCUCGGACACAGUGCGCAUCAUCUACAAUGUGCUGUCGCGUCAGGCGCAGCGUGUAAUUUGGAAGUGGGAUGACUCAACGCAGACGCCGGGCAACGCGACAAAUAUUUACUUUCACAGCUGGCUGCCACAGGACGAUAUACUGGCGCAUCCUAAGAUCAAGCUGUUUAUUACGCAUGCUGGCAAAGGAGGCGUGGCCGAGGCGCAGUAUCAUGGCGUGCCGAUGCUAGCGUUGCCAGUUUUUGCCGAUCAACCGGGUAACGCCGAUGCAAUGGUUAAGGCUGGCUUUGGCCUCAGCCUGGAUGUGCAGCAGCUUACGGAGCAGCAGCUGGAGCAGCACAUACAGGAGCUGCUUAGCAAUGCUACGUAUACGCUGAAGGUCAAGAAAUUCUCGCAGCUUUACCGCGAUCGUCCGCUCACGGCGCGCCAGUCCGUCGUAUUCUGGACGGAGUACGUGCUGCGGCACAAGGGCGCCUAUCAUCUGCAGUCACCACGUCUACACUUGAGUUUUAUAGCGCGUCACAAUCUGGAUGUCUAUGCUGCUAUUCUCUCCACGCUGCUGCUAUGUUGGCUGCUGCUGCGAUUUGUGGCACGUGUGUGCCGCAAGUCAAGACGCAAGGUCAAAACCAGUUAAGUUGUUUAAUUGUCAUACUCCAAUAUGUAUUACGUAUACGCAGCGUUAGGUGCAGCAUUGUUAUUACAGCGUUAACAAUUAGUUUAGACCCCAAUCACAUACCUGUAUCGAUAAGUGCAUAUAUACAGUUUAUAUAUACAUGAAUGUAUAUAGACAUAAAUAACAUACAUAUCAACAAGUUGUUUUUCCCUAUUAAUAGCCAACGCUUGCCUCACUCACUUAAGCACCAACAUCUCUCCCUGUCAACCGCUACGCUGGUUGUGCGUUUACACUGAGCGCAAUUGUGUGUAAAAUAAACAAUAACACGUAAAAUAAAAUAUGUAAAUAGAAUAUUAUUAAAAUAGCU